AUGCACGCUGGAAACAUUUGGUCCGUUGCCUUGUAUAAUCCAGAAGAUAUUGAGAAAGUGUUGUCGUCGCCUCACUACAAUGAUAAAGGGGGAGUCUACUCAUUUCUUCGGCCGUGGCUAGGCCAAGGUCUUUUAACUAGUAAUGGCUCUAAAUGGCACCAACGGCGCAAAUUGUUGACCCCAGCUUUCCACUUUAACAUUUUGAAAAAAUAUUAUGAAACAUUCACUGAACAAACGGAAGUUUUUUUGAAGAAAGUAGAAAUGGAGGUCGACAACACACAGACAGACUUACUCCCCUUGAUAAGUUCUACGACGCUACAAAUCAUGUGUGAAACAGCCAUGGGAACAUCAAUGACUGAAGAAAUCGAAUCUGUUAUGUCGAAAUAUCUAAAUGCUAUAGAAAUCGUCGGGGAAUCCGUAAUACAAAGGAUAUGUAGAGCGUGGUUGCUUUAUGAGCCGUUUUUCAAUUUGUCAAAAAUAGGACGCACGCAAAAAGCUGCGCUAUCGGACUUGCACACAUUUACAAAUAAAAUUAUAAACGAAAGAAAACAAUUUCUGAUGAAUAUAAAAUCGUAUCGACAGGAAAAUGAUGAAAUUAUUAGCAACAAAAAAGGUAGAUUGGCGAUGCUAGAUUUGCUGAUUGAAAAUGAAAAAUUGGGAAACAUUACCGUGGAAGGGAUUAGAGAAGAGGUUGAUACAUUUAUGUUUGAGGGCCAUGACACCUCGGCUACGGCUUUAGCAUUUCUACUAAUGUUAAUUGCUAACGAAACUGAAGUUCAAAAAAAAAUCUAUCAGGAAAUGCAAAAUAUUUUUGGAGAAUCCCAACGUUCUGCUACAAUGCAGGAACUAAGUGAAAUGUCUUACUUAGAAUGCUGUAUAAAGGAAUCCUUACGAUUGUAUCCCAGCGUGCCAUUUAUAGCGCGAUAUGUAACUGAAGAAAUUAAUUUAAGCGGCUACACGAUACCAGCAAACACUAACUACAACAUAUUCAUCUAUGACUUGCAUCGCCGCGCUGAUAUAUACCCCGAACCAGAACGCUUCAUCCCUGAGAGGUUUCUUCCAGAGAAUUGUGCUAAGAGACACCGCUACGCCUAUAUACCCUUUAGCGCAGGACCUAGGAUUUGCAUUGGUCAAAAAUUUGCGAUGCUGGAAAUGAAGAGUCUAGUAUCAAGUUUGUUGAGAAGAUUUCGUUUGGAAGCUGUCACGAAACCAUCCGACUUACAAUUCAGAACUGAUCUAAUAUUACGUACUGAUAAUCAACCGAUAUACGUACGCUUUUGUAACAGAACAAGUUGAGAAGUUUUACAUUUUAUAAAUGUCUAAUAAUAUAAUAUAUAUCUAUAACUAACGACCCGCAAUGCUGCACCGCAAACACUACGUCCCACAAUUUUUAAAUCUUUAAUUUCUUCGAAAAUAUUUAUUUAAAUCAUAUGCUGUAAAGGGUCUUAUAGAUCUAUAUUAAAUCAACAAUUAUUAUAUUGGAUAAGGAUUAAUGCUGUAUUGGUUAAAAUCGCCUCGAAAAUUAGCCAUUUCUUUUCGUAAAAAGUAAAUGUACAAAAAAAUGUUAUUUCCAUAACAGAUAGAAAUAAACAAUCGCGAAGUUUUCUGUAGACCUUUUUAAUUUUUAAUGUGGUUUUUAAUGUGUAUAAUACUAAAUACAUUAUUUUGAUAAAUCUUGUAGGUUUCAGCCUGCGUUUUCAAUGUUAGCGGAAAAAAUUAAUUA